AUGAUCAUGACCUCAACGCUGCCAACAAAGUCAAUCCCUUCAAUCAACAACAUCAUCUCCGAAACACAACACAAGAGAAAGGAGCACAGCGAGGAUAAUUCAGGGUCAACAAUGGACUCCUCUGGUCUGCAACAACAGCAUGCUCAUGCACCUGCACAUCAACACAAUAAUAUCGACUCACAAGCGAGGCAUGCACGUGCUGAACCUUUUCCAGGACCACAACAACAACAACAACAACAACAGCAGCAGCAGCAGUACCAACAGGCGCCCUCUUUUGGAUCACCAUCAGAAACAGAUAAACUUGUAUCGGGAACCGACUCUUCUCGUGAUCCACCCCGCAAACGGUCCAAAAUAUCUCGCGCAUGUGACGCUUGUCGACGAAAGAAGAUCAAAUGCAAUGCAGAAUACUCCACUACGCUAAACAAAGUGACUCAGAUAUGUAACAAUUGUCAAAAAAAUGGAGAUGAAUGUACGUUUUCAAGAACACCGUUGAAAAGAGGGCCAUCCAAGGGGUAUCUGAAGGAGUAUGAAGAUAGGGAAAUUGAAAGUGGUGGCACUACUGGCACCGGAGUGCAUCCCACACAGCAACCACAGCAACCACAACAGCAGCAGCAGCAGCCUUCAACAAACGGCAAUGUUGCUCAACCACAACCUGUUAACGCCUUCUCACCCACCAAAGUGGCCGAUCACCCCCACUCCCAGCCACAGCAAGUCCCUCAACAACAACAAUUUCCUCAAAAUAGCUUACCGUUUCCACAAAUACGACCAAACUCGCAGCAGAUGUCCACCAUCAAACUUCCCCCAAUUAUAGGCUACAAUCAAAGGUCUACUCCACCAGCUAUACACAAGGUCAUCACGGCGAAUUUGAAUGAUUCCAACACAACUCCGUCUAGCACUCCGCUGCAGCUAAACACAAGUGGACAGCCGCCGCCGCCGGCAUUGCAGCCACCACAACCGCCACCAAAUAAUAGCAAUUCCAACAACAAUGUCAACAGCAACAGCGCCAACGAUAGCAACAACAAUAGCCCACCGAUUCAAGGACCUUUCUGGAAAGUUCCCUAUGAAAUGCCUAGAGCUACUGGCCCCCACCAUCGCUCCUCCAUCAGCAGCGUGACAAGUGCAGGUGGCGGCACCAGCAGAAGACGUUCCUCAAUAGACUCCAUCUCUUCAACCUCAACAACAAACACAAAACUACCCAUCCUCAGACACUCAAACAAUAGCGAAUUUCUUUUAAGUGAUAGUGAGUCUGAAGAUUUCUACUCAGUCAGGUCCUCAUCCUCACAACAACACCGCCCUCCAAUGAUGCGCACCAACUCACAAUCCAUAUCUCCUAGAAAUUCCAUAACGUCAUUAUCCAGUCUCAGUGGCAGAAUCAACAAGUCAAUGGUAUUGCAAGGGGCACCGAUGCCAGUGUCACCAAUGACUGUAUCAAAGUCGGGAACUCCGUAUAAUGGAUUCAUAGGACAGGAUAUCUCAAGAUCUCACCUGCAGUUGCAAGUACCCGUGGAGGGAGGGUUUGGCCAGAUGCAACAAAAUUCGCCAAUGGAUAUGCUCAAGGCAGAUUUAGACGUGUAUGGAAAAGUGUUUGCUCCUGUAUACCCAGUGAUUCCACUUGAUGUUGAAAAGUUGGUACUGUUGAUUCAGACCAGUGGUGGUAAUGAAGCACCCACUGAAAACUUGGUUGAAUGUUUCCAUAUAUCCAUCAACGACCUUGUGAAUUUCAAAACUGUUGCUGAUUACACCACCAUUUCGGUGUUUUUCAAACUACAGCAGUUGUACCAACAAUCAAGAGUCAAUCGGAUAUCAACGCUUUUGUAUGCGUUGACCUUGAUUGUUCUCAAUUAUACUUUGCUAUUGAAAGGAACCCACUAUCUGUUGGGUAUCGCUACGGCUGCAGCAUUUUUGAAUGACUUGAAUGCAAUAGACCGCACAUUUGACGAGAAGCGGCAUGACAAAGAAUUCGAUACCUGGAUUGCAAAGUUGUACCUCACUUUGGAUACAGUUGACACCAUUUCCAGCUUAAAAGAAGGCGUGCAAAAGACUGUUUCUAGUUGCAAUUUGUCUUUAUUUGUUGACAAAAACAAGUCACUCUUGAACGAUCUCGUUUAUGAAGUACAUACUGUGUCGGCAAUUUUGUUCAAGAUGAGAACGAGUCUUAUUACUUCAUACACGAAUGCCAAGCUUGACAAACCUGACACUAAGGACGACUUCCUCACCCAUUUCACCAACUUGUUAUACCUCAAAUACGAGCUAUUCGAGUCGGUCAACGAUAACAACAACAACAACAACAGCAACAACAGCAACAAUCAGUCAGUAAAGCUCGCAUAUGCAUUAGAAACGUUAACUACAACAAUACUAAACUUUGCCAACUACUUGAGCACAAGAACAAUGUCCAACAAACAAGUGUUGAACCCAUGCUUGAACUUAGCAGUGGAUCAACUAUUCUACACCAUCAAGCUCGUCAAACUAAUUGCCGAUAACACGUUUGAUGACACUGCCAAAAUCAGUAGCAACUUGUCGAUAUCUUACAAUUUAUUGAAUCUCAAUUUGACCAAUUUGCAAUUGAAUGAGCAAACUAUACGACAAUUGAAACAAAGCAUCACUGAGAAUCCCCUUGAUUUCUCCACCAAAGUGAGUCCCAACCCAGACUGGAUCAACACUGUCAUUCCCUUGAUCAAAUCUGAUCUAAUGAGGUAA